GCGGCGGCCGGGCGGCCCAGGGGCUGCCGCGGGACUCGGGGCGCAGCCGAGCGGCUGCAGGGGUGGGGCGAGCCGGACGCGCCCCGGGGCCCGGGCGCCGCGGGUUCGAGGCCGGGCCCCGCGCGGGGAGGCCGCGCCACCCCGCGGGAGCUGCCCGGCGGCGAGUUUGCCCCGCAGCCGAAAGAAGGCGGGAGCCGGCGGGGGCCCUCGAAAUCCCCUGGCAAGCCGGGUCCAGAGUCCCCGGGGACCGGCUGCUUCCUGGGACGCCCUCCCGGACGCCCCCGCCGAAGUGUAACGGUUCUGGGCCCCCGGCAGAAGGCGCUUCUGGGUGACCCCCGGCGGGGCCCUGCGAGCCGCGGGAGCCGACCCCGGGGCCUCGAGCGGGGAGCAAGGGGCUUUCCGGAGGCGCGGGGCCGGGGGCCGAAGGAGCCGGAGCGCGGCGGAGCAGAGCCGGGCCUCCCGGGCGCGGGGCAGAGCAGCGCCUGGUCUGGAGACGGACUCCGGGACCCUCGGGUGCGGGGGCCUCGGCGACCUGCCCCGCGGGGUGCGCGGCCGCAGAGUGGCCUACAGGGGAUCCUCCCGCAGAGGGGCCGGCCCGGGGCGGGGAGAUGAACGGCUUUAGCACAGAGGAGGACAGCCGCGAAGGGCCCCCCGCCGCCCCCGCCGCCGCCCCGGGCUACGGCCAGAGCUGCUGCCUCAUUGAGGACGGCGAGCGCUGCGUCCGGCCCGCGGGCAACGCCUCCUUCAGCAAGAGGGUCCAGAAGAGCAUCUCGCAGAAGAAACUCAAGCUGGACAUCGACAAGAGCGUAAGGCACCUGUAUAUCUGCGACUUCCACAAAAAUUUCAUCCAGAGUGUACGAAAUAAAAGGAAGAGGAAGACAAGCGACGAUGGCGGAGAUUCUCCUGAGCAUGACACUGACAUUCCUGAGGUUGAUCUGUUCCAGCUGCAGGUGAACACUCUACGGCGUUACAAACGACACUACAAAUUGCAGACCAGACCAGGCUUCAAUAAGGCCCAGUUAGCAGAAACCGUCAGCCGACACUUCAGGAACAUACCCGUGAAUGAGAAAGAGACGCUCGCCUACUUCAUCUACAUGGUGAAGAGCAACAAGAGCCGACUGGACCAGAAGGCGGAGGGCGGCAAGCAGCUGGAGUGACGACCGGCUGCGCCGCAGGACGGAGUGUGAUGCUGAGCGCACAGGUGAAAUCUGCGUGGAAGCCCGUAAAGACUGUCACAUUUUAUUGUAAAUAAAAAAGUUGAAUGAUGAAUACUGUAAAUCUUUUUGGUCAGGAGGAUUAUAUUCUCAUGUUCAGCAUGUGUAUCAAAGGCUUUCUUUUAAGGCAACUACCGGACUGAAAAAUCAAGAGCACUAAGAGAUUUAAAAAUGACGUAUGGCAGCAUUCAACAGCGCAUUAAGUCAAUUCUCCUGGAAAUGUGGGACAAAAGAUAUGUUAGUACUCACCUUGUACGACCACUCUGCCUUGUGCGAGCUGUAGGCCUGGAGGAGCAGUGGGGUACAGCCAGCUGGAGAAGCGUGAGCAGACCCGCAUCUCCUGGGGACAGGCGUGCCUCACUUUGUUGCUGGCUUUGUCGUUGAUUGGGUCAGCGUGACAGUGGUCCCCCGCACUGGCCCCUGCCUGGCGCACAGCAGGCCCACACUCAGUGCUGGGGGGGAGGGGGGGCACCUAACUCUGCCUUUUAGCAUCUGCUUCAUACCUGCAGUUACCGAGACCGCUGCCACUCCUGUGGCUCACCACUUGACUUCUAGAGUGUGGAGGAAAUCAGAAGCACCAAAAGGAGGUUUCUCAUCAGAAGAGGAUUUGAGGGCAGUCGCAGGUACCAAGCUAUAUUUGUGGAGGUUCCAGAAACACUGAUGCAGGGGCCCUCACAGGAGACGCAGCUCUUUGCACAGCAGUCUGUGCUUUACUCUUUGGGGUGAAGUUAGGAAGUAGGACUUUAGUCAUCCUUCCAGGCCAUAAAUGCUUUGACUUUAAUGGAGCUGUUCAGUGAUUUGGGGCUCAUGUUUUCAGAAAUACUAAUCCUUAGUUCACAACCACCAAGAAAGCUGCCAAGGAUCAUGUGAUUCCUCCUCAAAAGUCCAUUUCUGGGAAUAAAAAGUCUGACGCCUUGACUCCCUAGGCUCGGGGUCACCAGCAAAGCAUAGAUUUGAGCAACAGAGAUCAGUGCCAUCUGAUAUUCAUUUUUGUGAGCAGUUUGCCUCCCUCUUGGGGGUAGAAAGAUAGCUAAAACAACUUUUUAAAGUAUGAAUAAUUACCUGGCUUUUUUUUCAAGUUCAGAAACCCAGAUUCCUAUCUUAUUAUAUCAGAACCAAAGUCUCCUUUGAAAACAAAGCUUUAUAUCCAAAAGUAUGCUUUUACAAAAGUUUCUGAUCAGUGUGUCCGGGGACAAAGGAUGUGAGUGGGUGUGGGAGAAAAGAGGAGAAUAGGACUUGGAUUCGAAUUUCUGACCAUCUUGACGCAUAUUGUGGUCAAAAGUAUCAUUUUCCUACUCCGUUUUAAUCGUGAGUGCUUUCUUAAGCCUUAAAUUAUAAAAAAAGCCGUGGAUGGCCUAGCCCGGCAGAGAGUUUUCAUGUCUCAUAAACGGCUUCCUCUGAGCAUCUGCACAGAGAAGUCCGAACACGACCUCCAGCUAAGCAGGGCGGUUUGCUGUCUUUAGGCUCGGUUCGUGGGGCAGAGGACCAUGCUGUCUGUGGACCGGGGACAGGCCACCCCCUCGCUAAAGUGCAGUGUGUUCCAUUGCAGCAAAGCAUUCACCAGUGUUCCAAAUGCAUGUCUAGCAGAUUGCAGCCUUUUUACAUAUGUAUAAAUGAAUGUACAUAGAACAUACUCUAGGCUAUGAGGGGAAUCUUGCUUUCAUACACCCAGCUGUGGAUGGCACAUCGAGGUGCUCUCUGAGUGUUUUUAGUCAUUCAGAUUCAGUAUGUAGAGACUGUCUUGCUGCUUAGAGCUGAAGGAUGUUGAUGGGCAGACAUCAAGAAGGCCCAAAGUUCUGAUGCUUAUAUAGAUCUUUCUCCUGAGAGACUGAGUUAGAAAGUCUUGAAGGCAUCAAACACCAGGCCCCCCUUUGUUAAGGGGAAUGUUUUCUCAUCAGGCCACAGUUUUAGGGCAGGUAGCACCUACAGGUGAAGGCCUUGGUCACCUGCUCUCUGGAAAUGUCCAUCUCUUCCUGAGGAAAUGCAUCUUUCUGAUGUUGAAGCGAAAAUUGCCGAUGUGUAGGGCAUGUCACUAUUUCUUGAACAGCAAUCGUUUUCCCAGUUGAGAGAGACAGCAGUCCAUUUGUAUACAAGAAGCUGUGGUGUUAGGAUCCAUCUGUUCCCGUGUCUCUGUGAGAAUGCUUUUGUUCCGGUGUGAAGCCUGGGGAAACGCUCACCUUCAGCCAGAUGCACCCCCCAACCCCAACCCGCCACCUUCCCUCAAAAGAGAGGUGGUUUUGGAAAGUGGAGGCUGUGGGUAUCUUUUCAGCCUCUGAAAACAUGUCAGAUGAGAGGAAAGACAAAACUACGUGAACUUAACAAUUUUCUUGUGUGCAGAAAUCUGUUCUUUCAUCCAACCACUAAGCCACUUGCCUUAGCCCUUCUGCAGUUUCCCAAGGCUUCAUCUGUGGGCAGGCAACUCCUACCUGUUAGAAAUGGCCCCGAAGCAGUGGAGUUUGGGGAAAGCAGUGUUCAUCAUGGCCGCCUACAUUUUCCUACACCUGCCAAGGACUCUUGCGCUUCUCUCCACCUGUAAUGUUGCAACAUUGCCUUCUCUCCUCUUGGUGCUCCUGGGCAAAACUGGAAUGUGAAAUCCAGAGCCGACAUUUCUCUGCUUAAAGAGUACAGUUCCUGCCUCGGCCCAGCCUGGUCUGGUUCUUUCAUAUGCCCUGAAGGUUGUCACGUGGAAGUGCCUGUAGCCUGCCACUCGUGUUGCGUCGACUUAGGGUUUUAAAAAGACAAAUGGACAAACUUUUUAUUUCCACAGACUCUUCGGUUGGCAACAUCACGUGAAGAAGUUCAUAGCUGAAUCCCAUGAGAGAUUGAAAGCAAAGGCUUCAGGAUUGGCAUUGGAAAAUGACGAGGAAUUGCACGUAUGCGUUAGAGCAGCCAAGUUGUAGAAGUUCCUGUCAUGGCUGAUACCACUAGCCUUCCAGGGAACAGAUACUAGUAAUUGUUUGCGGCUGGAAUGUUACAUCUAACCUUGGCAUUUCAACUGCUUAUUUUGUGGGAAGUUUUUGGUUAAUACUCUGCAGGGCAGCUCCCUGGUAGAAGGGAGAAAGUAGGAGCAGGUACUUACUCGGGGGGCCUUGUCUACUGAAACAGCCUGUCCAGACCACGGGUCCCAGAGACGUUGCUUCAUGGAAGUCAUCUGAAGGCUCUCAGUCAUUAUAAUAUUGAGAUCCAGAAAUUGGGAAAGGGUCUUUAAGUCAUCAGUCCAGUCUCCCCACAGGUGCUGACAUCCUGCCUGCAACUGUCCCACCAAGGGUUUGGGCAGUCUGGGCUUACACACCUCUGAGGACAGGGAACUCACUACCUCCUGGGGAAGCCUGCUCAAUCUCUAUAAACCCCUGGCUUUUCUAUGUUCUCUGUCAUUUCUAUCUUGGUCUCUGCCCAGUGGGGGGGGGGGGGGGGGGGGGUGGGCAGCGUGUGGAACAAGUUACUCAUCUUGGCCAAGCACCUAAUUGCUGGCACUGUUCCAGGGCACAGCAGUUGUCUUUUGGGAAGGAGCAGCUAGCAGAUAGUUAACUUUGGUGUCCUGGCUGUCUUGCCCCUUCAGCAUGGGUCCAUUUAGUUCCUUGUUGAAAGAUGUUGCAGAAACCCCAUCAGCCUGGUUCUCCCGUGUUCUUGCGGAAACGGAUGGAGGGGGUCAGGGACGAGGGGAUGCUCUCAGCCUGAUAAAGUAACCUAAGAAGGGGUGGGGCCCAAGUUCUGUGCUCGCCCCACAAAAGCUGAUGCUCACGUCACUUGGGAAAACUUUUAGCUAGGAGAUUGUAAAAUACUGCUCUGUGUGGAGUUUAAGGGCUCCAUGGCUGCUGAGAGCUUGUACUUUAAGAUUUCUGCAAGUACUCCACACAUUAUUUUUAUGGCAAAAACAAAGCUUAGGACCUUGGGGGAGGGGCACGCCACAUGUCUCCAUGUCUGAGAAGUGCCAUAUUUUCAAGCUUAAAAGCCUUGUAAGGUUGUUCUUGCCCCAUCAUUCAUUUUAAAGACAGGAGACUGACAUUGAGAAUGACCUGAGUCAUAGGGCGGUCUGGACUAACCUUCCGUCCUCCUGACCUGUCCAGAGCUCUUCUCACUCUCUGACUUGCACAUAACUCAAGUCCUGUUGAAAGUAAGCUGCUUUCAGAUGUUUGAGACCUUGCCACUGAGCAGAGAGGUUCCCAAGGCCAGCCUGGCUCCCAGAGGCUGUGAACCAGGCUGCUGGACUCAAGGCUGUGUGACAUGAUCGGGAAAGCAGUCAGCUGAGUUUUGCCAAAUGAAUGUCCGGGGAGAACAGAACUAGCUGAUGAUUUAAGACCAGAGUUCAGAAGUCCUGGUGGGAGCUGUAGUGUUGUCCUGGAAUUGAAAUUCUCAUGAAAUGGGCUUGCUCUCUGAUCUGUUGGUCAGCCUUCUGCCUUUCAGGUGGUCCUUUGGGCUUGUCAUUCAGUUGGCCCUGAUUCAGACAGACAUAACUCUGAGGCCCUGUGAUUCGUGGCUUCCCAGUCCCUGUUACUGGGUUAGACAGUUGAACCAAAGGACAAGUGAACUCAAGGUCUCAGCCUAGGAAGCAUGGUGCUUUGGGGUCCCUUUCUGUUCCCUUCAUUUUAUUAUGGCCUGUUUUCCAAGUUCAAGGUUAGGAAGGGUGAAGUGGAUCUGACACUCUGAGGUGGAGUCUAGUCUGGGGCCAGGUGGGACCUCUUGUUAAGGUAGAAAUGUCUACACUCCGUUAUUUCAUCUAGCUUGCGUCCUAAGCCACGAAGCCUUCGGUUGCUCUCACUCCACGAGCACAUCGUCGCCAGGGACGGAGGGUUUCCAGGACGCCUGUUGUAUGCAUCUGCUGUCCGUGAUGCCCAUCGGAAUGUUUUCGCAGUGUGGAUUCAUGUUCCAUUUUGUAACUGCCUUAUCAAAAAGCAAGUGCCCUUCCAUUCCAGGCCUCCUCAUAUUGUACUUGUUUCCUGCCAAAUUCGGGGGAUCAUUUGUAUUUUAAUUUUGUAAUCUAUGGCUCUGUACUGUUGAAAGGCUCUCAAUUCUGUGGGGUCUCCUUAGUAUGUAUGUGACUUUUCAUGUUGCAAUAUCACACAGAUGGGAUGGCCCGACUUUCACUCUUAAUAAAUGAUCUGAAUGAGUAACAAGA